AUGAAAAACUUAUCUGUUGUGACAUCUUUUUAUCUGUCUGAGUACUAUGGGAUGGAACAGCUGAAAGCAAUGUACUUCUGCCUUUUCCUGAUGAUCUACAUCACCAUAAUUGUUGAGAAUGUCACGCUGAUGGAGGUGAUUCAUCAUGAAAAAUCCCUGCAUGAGCCAAUGUACGUGCUGCUGUGUAACCUGGCUGUGAAUGAGCUGUUGGGCAGCACCGCCCUGCUGCCGGCGCUGCUGGUCAACAUGCUGUCUGAGUCACAUGAGAUAUCUCUGCCAUUCUGUCAGACGCAGGUUUACGCAAUACACACCUACGCCAUCACCGAAUUCACAAUUCUAGCAGUGAUGAGCUACGACAGGUAUGUGGCCGUUUGUUAUCCUCUGUCUUAUCAUGCAAUCAUGUCACAAAGAAAAGUCAAACUGAUGGUCUUCAUGUGGGUUUAUCCCAUGCUGGCAUUCCUGGUUGUUCUCAUCUUCACUCUUCAGCUUCCCUUUUGUGGGAGAACCAUAGAAAAAGUGUAUUGUCUUAAUUACUUGCUUGUAAAACUUGCAUGCACAGAUACAUCUGUAGUUAAUAUUAUUGGUUUACUAUCCGUGGGUGUUUAUACAGUCCCACAGUUAAUCAUGAUAUUUUACUCAUAUGCACACAUCCUGAGGAUUUGCAUUUUGUCCUUCAGUAAGUCAAAGUUCAAGGCCUUCAGGACAUGCACCCCUCACCUGCUUUCCAUAAUUAAUUACGCUUUUGGAUGCUUUUUUGAAAUAGCACAAGGCCGAUUUGACAGCAAACACCUGUCGUACCAAGCAAAGUUGUUUUUGUCUCUGUACUUUUUGAUAUUUCCACCUCUUCUGAAUCCUGCAAUCUACGGUUUGGGCACACGACUAAUAAGGAUACGACUCUUCAGGCUUCUCUGCAGGAAACGUGGGCAAGUAGAAAUGAUGUAG